AGUGCUUGUCACUCUAAAUGUUUCUGUAACCUUUAACAAGCGUGUGUGUUUGUCGUGUUGCAGGAUGGGGCGGCUGGUGCGGCGGUGCCUGGCGGUGCUGCUGGUCUGGGGCCUGGUCAUGCUGGCCGUGCUGCAGCUGCGCGAGGGCCGCGUGGACCCUCACGUCGGCGGCGACCCGCGCAGCCGGCUGCUGCUCGCCAAGCAGGUCAUGAGCACGCCGCACACGGACGCGAGCAGCGGCGCCGCGCAGUCGUCGACGACCACCUCGGCCACCCUGGAGUCGCUGCUCGGCGCCGAGCCGUUCGUCGACCGGAACGGCAGCAACCGGACGCAGGCCGAGGCGGAGGCCGAGAUCGCGCGCACGCUGCCGCGCGUCCCGGUCGACUUCUGGCUCAAGAACAAGAACAAGCCCAUGUUCUACAAGAACGAGAGCUGCGCCAAGAUGCCGUCCAUCUUCGAGCUCGAGUUCAACAACGUGUACUGGCAGACGAUGCACACGACCAACGGCACCUUCCAGCUGUACGGCGCCUACUAUGACGUGCGCCGCUUCAGCCGCAUCGGGCCGGCGGUCCGCAUCCUGGGCAUGAUCAACCGCAUCGAGCCCACCGUCAAGACGUACUGCCAGUUCUGGUUCGACGGCCAGAAGGAGCCCGUGCUCGUCAAGACGAUGGAGUACAAGUACAUCUGGUACAAGAAGUGGGGCAACUACAAGCAGGGGAUCUACCAGCCCUACCUCAUCGCCUGCCAGAUCCCCAAGUCGCACCACGCCAAGGUGCCCGUGUCCGUGUCGAUGGUCGAGCGGCCCUGCGACACGGCCACCAACCACCUGCGGGUGCUGUACGACCGGCCCGCCACCAAGAAGGGCUUCGCCGUCUGCGUCAAGGGGCUCGACUUCCUGCACGAGGACCUGUCCGUCCGGCUCGUCGAGUGGAUCGAGCUGCUGGGCAUCCUCGGCGCCGAGAAGGUCUUCUUCUACGAGCUGCAGGUGCACCCCAACAUCAGCAAGGUGCUGCGCCACUACGAGAGCCUGGGCCGCGCCUCGGUGACGCCGCUGACGCUGCCCGGCGGCCAGCCCAACAUCCCGGGCUUCCAGCACAUGUACCUCGUCAAGAAGGUGAACCACAAGCGGCAGAACGAGCUGAUCCCCUACAACGACUGCCUGUACAAGAACCUGUACACGUACGAGUACAUCGCGCUGCUGGACAUCGACGAGGUCAUCAUGCCGCUCCAGGCGCACGGCUGGCGCGACCUCAUGGACGCCGUGCUGCCCAAGGCCCUCGCCGUCAAGAACGAGACGCGCGCCUCGUACAACGUGCGCAACGUGUACUUCCUCGACGACCUGAUCCACGCGCACGGCUGGUACAAGGACAUCCCCAAGUACAUGCACAUGCUGCAGCACGUGUACCGCAGCAAGAACUUCACCAAGCCCAACCAGUACGUCAAGUGCUUCCACAACCCGGAGCGCGCGCUCACGCUGCACAACCACUUCCCGCUGUCGUGCCUCGGCUCGGGCUGCACGUCGUACCCGGUCGACACGACGGACGCGCAGCUGCAGCACUACCGCGCCGACUGCGUGCGGACGCUCAAGAAGACGUGCGUCGAGUACCGGCAGAACAGCGUGGCCGACACGACCAUCUGGAAGUACAAGGACCAGCUGAUCGCGCGGACCACGGACACGCUGCGGACGCUGGGCUUCUUCGGGCCCGUGCCGCCGGCGGCGCCAGCUGCGCCAGCUGCACCAGCUGCACCUGCUGCACCUGUCUCGUCCAACGAGAUCUCAUAGCGGUUGCUGUCGCCCUCGAAAGAAAAGGGUAUCGGAUAAACGGUAACUCCCAUAGGUUUUUUAAAAAAUUGUGUGUGUGUGGUAUUUUUUGUCGUUUUGUCAUAAACGACGCAUAGGAAACGAAUUUAAAGAUACGCCUGUUUCGGUGUGUCCGUGCGAGUCUUGGUGGCAACCGUUUGGGUCGUCGUGUGCCAGUGCACUAUGGGAAGUGGUGCUCGACUUCAGGGAGAUUGUGUCGUGCGCGUGAUAUUUUAUAAGUGGAUAUUUGUGUGUCACAUAGUCUGAUGUAAUUAGUGGAAAUAGGUAGUGCAUUAUGUGUUCUACUAAAUGGUCUCUGUGGCUGUGUACGAAUGAGCCAGGGCCCUGAACUUACUGCAUUUGGGGGUCCAUGUCGGACAUUAUGUUGCCAUAUCCUUUGACCGAAACUUUCCCUUAUGAUUAGUUCUUUCGUAAUUUCUUCUUCAUAAAGUUUUAAAAUGUUUAAAUUUUCUUAUUUGCUUUGGUAUUUUGUCGUUUUUGUCGCGUUUAUCAUGAAUUGGGGCGAAUUUCACUAGUUGACCAACGAUGAAAUGUGAUUGAGGUAUCGUUUUUUU